AUGUGUAUCAAUCGCAAGAAAUCGCUGAACAGCAAUCCUAAGGAGCAAAAGCCACAGACAAGCGCAUCAUCGAAUGUUGAAAGUCAGAAACCAAGCCCCCAAAGUGUUGCGGCAGCCAGUAGUUUGCCAACGAAGGAAAAGGAGAAAGAAGUCGAGAAAAGUUCUGACGUAGCGGAGAAUACGCCAGUAAAACCAAUGGAAAAAGAGCAAGUGAAAGAAGAAAAGCCAGAGGAGCCGCUUCAUAUCAAAGUACCGCCGCCUCGCAUCCUGAAAGCAAAACGCUCGCCGAAAGAAGUACGUGCUAGUGAUCCGCAGUACAAAACCCUCGAGUUAGACUUGAGCGAUUGGGACAGCGUGAAGAUUAUCAAGAAAAGUGAAGCCAACUUGGAUGAAAUCUUGAAAAAAGACGUGGCAUUAGAAGGCACGCAAAUCAGUGUUUCUGAUCUGCAAUAA